AAGAGCUGUUACGGAACAAUACAAAUAAUAAGAAAACUUAAUAACUUUGCUGGUUAUAGACUCAGAAAGCACUUAGUGGAGUCACUGGUCCUGUCAAAACUUGACUAUUGUGACACUGUCUAUUACCCUUUGCCGGAAUUUCAACUAAAACGUUUACGACGUGUCCAGAUAGCAGCUGCUAGUUUUGUCUUGAAUAGGUAUGUAAAUGACAUUAACAAUAUUGUUAAGAUAGGGUGGUUACCAGUAAGACAGCGAAGAGAUUUCCACGUUCUCAAACUCGUUCACCAGGCUUUGCACUCCCCCAGCUAGCUGUCUUACGUACCAAACAUAAUAAGGGGAGCGUAAGAGAAUAA